AUGCUUUCUCUCAGACACUGUAAAGUUGGAACGGGCAAACGUCUGUUUAGCAAGAGUUCCCGGGCCCUGCAAGCAUUUGCAGCCAAGGGGGAUGUUGAUGGCCAAAGCGGCAGCGCCUUUGAUGGUAAAUAUCAGGUAGUAGACCACGAAUACGACUGUGUGGUUGUCGGUGCAGGUGGUGCCGGACUUAGGGCCGCGUUCGGUUUAGCGGAAGCUGGCUAUAAGACAGCAUGUAUAUCCAAGCUUUUCCCCACUAGAUCUCAUACAGUGGCCGCACAAGGUGGUAUUAAUGCUGCAUUGGGUAACAUGCACAAGGAUGACUGGAAAUGGCACAUGUACGAUACCGUGAAAGGUUCUGAUUGGCUGGGUGACCAGGAUUCCAUCCACUACAUGACCCGUGAGGCACCAGAUUCGAUUAUCGAAUUGGAGCACUUUGGUGUGCCUUUCUCGAGAACUGAAAGCGGACGGAUUUAUCAACGUGCUUUUGGUGGUCAAUCCAAGGAAUACGGUAAAGGUGGUCAGGCUUACAGAACCUGUGCCGUCGCUGACCGUACAGGCCAUGCAUUGCUACACACGCUUUAUGGUCAAGCUCUAAGGCACAACACUCACUUCUUCAUUGAAUUUUUCGCUAUGGACUUGCUAACUCACAACGGUGAAGUUGUCGGUGUGAUCGCUUACAACCAAGAAGAUGGUACGAUUCACAGAAUGAGAGCUCACAAGACAAUCAUUGCCACCGGUGGUUAUGGACGUGCGUACUUCUCAUGUACAUCUGCGCACACGUGUACCGGUGACGGUAAUGCUAUGGUAUCAAGAGCAGGUUUCCCCUUACAAGACUUGGAGUUCAUUCAAUUUCACCCAUCGGGUAUCUACGGUUCCGGAUGUUUGAUCACCGAAGGUGCUCGUGGUGAAGGUGGUUUCCUAGUCAACUCUGAGGGUGAAAGAUUUAUGGAGCGUUACGCGCCAACCGCCAAAGAUUUGGCCUGUAGAGAUGUUGUCUCUCGUGCCAUUACAAUGGAAAUUAGUGAGGGCAGAGGUGUUGGCCCAGAAAAGGAUCAUAUGUAUUUGCAAUUGAGCCACUUGCCCCCAGCUGUUCUAAAGGAAAGAUUACCAGGUAUUUCUGAAACUGCUGCAAUUUUCGCAGGUGUUGACGUGACCAAGGAGCCUAUUCCAAUCUUGCCAACAGUGCAUUACAAUAUGGGUGGUAUUCCAACCAAAUGGAAUGGUGAAGCUGUAACUAUCGAUGAGAACGGUGAGGACAAGGUUAUCCCUGGUCUAAUGGCUUGUGGUGAAGCCGCUUGCGUGUCCGUCCACGGUGCUAACAGACUUGGUGCUAAUUCGCUAUUGGAUUUGGUUGUGUUUGGUCGUGCUGUAGCUCACACGGUUGCUGACACAUUGCAACCAGGUCUACCUCACAAGCCUUUGCCAGCCGACUUAGGUAAAGAGUCCAUUGCCAAUUUAGAUAAGCUAAGAAAUGCUGAGGGUUCCAAACCAACUGCAGAAAUCAGACUAGCCAUGCAGAAAACAAUGCAAAAAGAUGUCUCCGUGUUCAGAACACAGGUGACUCUCGAUGAAGGUUGCAAGAAUAUCACUGCUGUUGAUAAGAGUUUCGCUGAUGUCGGCACCACUGACAGGUCCUUGAUUUGGAACUCCGAUUUGGUGGAAACCCUGGAACUGCAAAACCUGUUGACUAAUGCGACACAAACCGCCUAUUCUGCCGCCAACAGAAAAGAAUCUCGUGGUGCACAUGCCAGAGAGGACUUCCCUGAGAGAGAUGAUGAGCACUGGAUGAAGCACACUUUGUCAUGGCAGAAGAACACUGCUGAUAAAGUAAAAUUGGGUUACAGAGCCGUUAAGGUCAACACUCUAGAUGAAAAAGAGUGCCCUCCCGUACCACCAACUGUAAGAGCUUACUGA